CUCUUCUCUGCGGUGCACCCCAGCCACUACCUCUCCCCAACGGACGAGCUCUGGAAGCUGACCGAGGUGUUCCUCAACUUCCCUGGGAACACCAACUAUCCCUUGCACGCCACCUUCCUCAAUCUGGCGCAGGGCCAGCAGGCAAACCUGGGCAACCAGGCGGACAGGAGCUUUCAGGAGUGGCUGAGCGUGAAGGAGGCCGCCAAAGGGCUUGCGGGGGUCGCUGAAGGGCUUGUUCCUGUCGAUGCUGCCGGGUUUCCAGACUUGCGGGAUCGCAUGCUUGCGCAGACAGAGACAUUGGGCAACCAAAAGGCAUGGAUCGAGAAGCUGCAGGCACUGGUGGACGGAUUCAGGAGGAUGCAGGAGGAGAAGGUGACGGACAGGCUGCGGCAGAUGCAGGAGAACAUCGAGUCGCACCGUCACAGGCUGCUGAAAGUUGUCAGGAAGCUGGACAACCUGGAGUACAAGUUCGCAAAGGAGUGGCACCAGGGUCGGUACACGCUCAUGGACACGCAGCGGACGCAGAGUCAACUGCAGCAGUACGAACAAGAACUUAACCCCCUGUCAGGCGGGGGCCUCAAGGACCGAGUGGAUGCGCUAGCGCGCCUGGCCAGGCUGCGCAAGGGCCCCCAGGCUGGGCCCCAGGGACCGCCGCAGAUCGGCCUCGCCGAUCAGGAGGACCUCGUGGAGGUGUACCAUUUCUUGCAGGGCCAUGUGGACGGGGCGCGGGCCAUGCAGGACACUGUGCGGAGGCUGAAGCGAGACAUGACAAUGAUGAUGGAGGGCGGGCGGCGCGAUGACACAGGGGCAUGA